AUGCAAAAGUCUUCACGUUCCAGCAGUAGUAGCGCUAACAAAGAGAAGCCACAAAAAUUACGUUUAAACAAAACAUCAGAUCGUAAUGCCAACUCUACCUCAAAUUCACCCACCCACACCACCGCCGGCUCUUCACAAACGGCCCAAGGAGGCACCAUACGCAAGUCUGCACACAAAAGAUCUAAAUUAUCCUCUACUGACAGCCAUCACAGUAACACACGUGAGACUGGGAUAUCCUUAUACCAAGAUGAAAAUUAUAUGGAAUUUGAGUUUUUCGAAAGGGAGAUACCCAACAGACAAAUGCCUCAAUUCACCGAACUGUUUAGGGAUUUUCCCGUGAGUUAUGAGACCACUACUUUGGCCUUACAAUCCUCUACUCUGCCCGCCAAACCGCCUCCCUAUAGAGAUCCUCCACCACCCACUCCUCCUCCUUUAUCGCAAUUACCCUCCCGCAAUCCAAGAAAUAAUGAGAAUACACAGUCCUGCCCUUCAACGCCCUUUCGCGGCAAAGUGGUUUUAAGUAAAAAGGAGCGCAAAGAAUUGAGUAAACUCAAUAAGCUGCAGGACACAGCCUGUUCCAAUUCCACCUCCAAUAUAAGAGGAUUUGAAAAUUCCGAUUCCCCCGCCACCAGUGUGCAAUCGAGUCCCUACAAGGGACGGGUAACGGAAUUGAAAAAUUGCAUAGCCCGCAUAAACUCCAAGGGUUUGUUUGCCUCUUUACACCGAAACUCGCACAAAUCCCUAAACAAUCAAACACAACAGCAAGAAGAACAAGCCACAUCCUCCUCCAAUGAGAUAUCACCGCCACCACCAGCUCCCGAUAACAGUCCGCCGGGUUCAAAUGCUUCCAACAACAAUGAUUCCGACUAUACCGAGAAACUUAAAAAUCUGCCGGUUAGACAAAGAAAGGCUCAUACUUCUCACAUGGACAACUAUUGCCUGUUUGAUCCCAUGGAUUUUGUUAAUGAAAAGGCUUUGAGAAGAAGGACCCAUGAUACCUUAAACAUGGAACUGCCUCUGCCUCAGCAACAGCAGGGCUUAAGAGAUCCUUUAUUUAGUUCCCGGCAAAAUUUGGAUUUCAGUGAGGAAGAACUAGUGCCCGAGGUGAUAUAUGAUGAGGAAAAGGAAGCUGAGGAUGAACAGUUGGAAAUUCGAGUGCAAGUUCAUCGUAAUUUUGAUCAUCAUAACUAUUUUGUUAUAGAUCCCGAGGACUUUGAAGAGGAACCCGCCUUAGAUAUAGGCAUUCCCAAUCCCUUUACCAAUGAACAAUUGGUGCAAGCAAAUCUUAUAGCUCAUACCCACACCUAUGCCAACAAUCCUGUGGAAUUCAAAACCUCCGAAUCUUUGGAUAAACUUUUAAAGGCUUUCGAAUCAGCACCCUCUAUGACCAACAGCCAGGAGAGCAAGGAUACCAAUACACACUCCACCACCACUACCACCUCCACAGCUUUAGUGGAAUCAUCAACUUCCACCAAUUCCAAUACCUCCUCCACUUCAAACACCUCAUCACAGACUACACUACAGAGAACCAAGAAAAGACUGACUUUCCUCAAUCUCUCACCAUUUCGCUCGCACAAAACGGAUAAGGAUAAAUCUACGCAAGCUUCACAACCUAAACCGGAAAGAGCCAUGUCUGAAUUGGUUACCUCCGAGCAUAUGUUUCACUUGCAGCGCAUGCUGUUGAGUGCCGACAACGUUUUAAAUGAUACACGUCCUAUUAAUGAAAAUAUCGAAUUGAAUUAUGUUUUAUUUAAUCCGGGACCGGUACCCAGUCGUAAUGUUCAAUAUAAAAUACGUAAACCGCGUCCUCUAUCCACUCAUAGUGAUGCGGAUAGUGGCUUUUUGAGCCCUUGCUCACCGGAUGAGUUUUCAUCGAUGAAAUUUAAUCCCGCCUUAUUGGUGCUGCAGCAGUGCGACAGUGUUCAAGGAUAUAUUGAGAUCUACACCGAUUGGGCCAACUACUAUUUGGAGCGCAGCAAAUCGAAAAAGAAGGUUACUGAUCUCUCCGCCGACUGCCGGGAUGGCUUGUUACUGGCUGAGGUCAUAGAGGCAGUAACCUCCUUUAAGGUGCCUGAUCUGCAUAAAAAGCCCAAAAAUCAACAACAAAUGACACAACAACAGCAACAACAACAACUUAUGCAACUUACACGUGUCAUAGGUAAAAACAUGUAUGAAACCUGUACAACAGUAAAAAGGCUUUGA